AUGACACGAGAACAAUAUAUACUAGCAACACAACAGAACAGCCUGCCGAGAACUGAAAAUGCACAACUUUACCCUGUGGGGAUUUAUGGAUGGCGAAAGAGGUGCUUAUACUUCUUUGUCCUUCUGCUGUUGGUUACCAUGAUAGUUAACUUAGCCAUGACAAUAUGGAUAUUGAAGGUUAUGAAUUUCACUGUGGAUGGUAUGGGGAAUCUGAGAGUCACCAAGAAGGGAAUCCGACUUGAAGGUAUAUCUGAGUUUCUACUUCCAUUGUAUGUGAAAGAAAUUCAUUCCCGAAAGGACAGUCCACUGGUCUUACAGUCUGACAGGAAUGUAACAGUGAACGCAAGAAACCACAUGGGGCAACUCACUGGACAGCUGACAGUCGGAGCUGAGGCUGUGGAGGCACAGUGUAAAAGAUUUGAAGUAAGAGCAAGCGAAGACGGCAGGGUGCUGUUCUCUGCAGAUGAAGAUGAGAUAACUAUUGGGGCUGAGAAGCUAAAGGUUACAGGAACUGAAGGAGCAGUAUUUGGGCACUCUGUGGAAACACCUCAUAUCAGAGCAGAGCCAUCCCAAGACCUCAGGCUUGAAUCACCAACCAGAUCCUUGAUAAUGGAAGCUCCACGAGGGGUCCAGGUGAGCGCAGCUGCAGGGGACUUCAAGGCUGCCUGCAGGAAGGAACUGCACUUGCAGUCUACAGAAGGGGAGAUUUUUCUAAAUGCAGAUACAAUCCGACUAGGAAAUCUACCAACCGGUUCCUUCUCUUCUUCACCCAGCUCCUCAAAUUCUCGACAGAUAGUGUAUGAACUGUGUGUCUGCCCCAACGGCAAACUCUAUCUUUCUCCAGCGGGAGUAGGCUCCACCUGUCAGUCCAGUAGCAGCAUUUGCUUGUGGAGCUGAAGCGACUGAUUUCUCCUCACACCAGAAUAGCCUUUUGUUCCCGUCCGUCUGCUUCACAGUUUUGCUCGGUUUCCCGUGUGAUCAGUGCAGAGCUUCUUCAGAUGGACCACAGAGCAAACUGGUCCAGGAUCAGCAGGGAUUGGCGCCCACCUUCUCCUGAUUCACCUGACUCAACACAGUGUGACUGACUCAUCCGUGGGAGAAGCAUCUCCAGCAGGAAACCUGGAUCAUGACAUUUGCUCGAAAAGGAGAAUAACUUAGGUGCCUUUGCUACGCGGAGUGAAGCACACAGUUUUAGA